AAAACACUACAAAACAACAACAGAGACAGAAGUUAAACUUUCCUGCUGAGUCGUAACGUUCCUCAAGUAUCACAGACGGAAGUGCUAUGGAUAAUCCACAGGAAGAUGAACAAAUGGCAGAAAUUCGAAAUGAACUGCAAACCAAUGGAUGUGCUGCAGCCGCUGCAAUGAUCCAGACUUAUUUGGACGAGCAGGAUAAUGUUCAGCUAAAUAUUGCGAUCACAGGAGAGUCUGGUUCUGGUAAAUCCACCUUUGUUAAUGCCUUUAGAGGCAUACGCAACAGCGAUAAGGAAAGAGCCGCCCCUACUGGUGUUAAAGAAACCACCAAAGAUUUUACACCAUACCCCCAUCCAAAUUAUCCCAAUGUUACACUUUGGGAUCUUCCUGGUAUCGGCACCACCAACUUUCCAGCUGACAAGUACCUGAAGCUUGUUGAAUUUGAAAGGUAUGACUUCUUCAUCAUCAUCUCAGCUGAUCGCUUCAGAGAAAAUGAUGUGAAGCUCGCUGAGGAGAUUCAGAAGAUGAAGAAGAAGUUCUACUUUGUUCGCUCAAAGAUUGACCACAACAUACAUGAUGAGAGAGAAACUCGCGGGUCAGAGUUCAACGGAGAAGAGACCCUUAAAGAAAUCAGGGAGGACUGCAUUCAAGGUCUUAAAGGACGUGUUCAGUCUCCACAAGUCUUCCUGGUGGCCAGCCGUAAACUCCACCUGUAUGAUUUCCGUCUGUUAGAGAAAACCUUACAGGAAGAACUUCCUGCACACAAGAGGGAUGCUCUGCUGUUGGCUUUGCCCAAUGUCAGUAUUGAAAUAAUCAUACAGAAGAAAGAAGCUUUACAGGCAAGAAUAAAGUACCUUGCCAUUAUGUCUGCACUCGGAGCAGCUGUACCAGUUCUUGGGCUUUCUUUUGCUGCUGAUAUGGCCAUGAUGGUUACUACCAUUAGAAAAUACCAAGCUACCUUUGGUCUUGAUAAGGAGUCACUGCAGCGUCUUGCUCAGACUGUAAGGAAGCCUUUGGAUGAGAUAAGAGCAGUGAUGACAUCACCACUGGCUGGAAACGAAAUAAGCAAAGAUCUUAUCAUUAAGAUACUGUGCUCUUCAAUGAUUGAGCUUUCACUAAUGGCAGCAGAGGAAGGGUCUAGAUGUAUUCCAUUUUUAGGAAUCCCAGCAGCAAUGGGCCUCUCUUUUGUCUCCACAUACAAAUCUCUCAACAUGUUCCUCGACAUGCUUGCUGAGGAUGCACAGAAGGUAUUUGAAAAGGCCCUGGGUUUGAACACUGCAGUGUGAUAUCAUACUGUAAGACAAAAGUCUGCAGAAAAACAGAUAAUGUCCUGGCAGAAAAUUACCAUCAACUUUUUCGUUAAGUUUAUGGAUAUCUCUGUUGAUCAAAAAAACUGAAAAUUCUGUAGACUAUUAUAUUCUCUGUACCUUUUUAAAUGGACAUUUCUGUUAAUCAAAAAAAAUACACCUGUGAAAAAUCAAUACAGGAAAUUCCUUCAUAUUAACACAGUAUAUUUCUACAGACUUUUCUAACCGUGUAAAUAGAUUGAUCUUUAUUGUCACUGUGCUCAAAAUAUAAUGACAAUAUGUCUACCAGCUCUUCAGUAGGUUUAUUAAUAGUCAGAGAUGUAUAGUAACGAAGUAGAACUACUUCACUGCUGUACGUAAAGGAACACGCCGACUUAUUGGGAAUUUAUCUUAUUCACUGUAACCCCC